CUUUACUCGACUCUCGAACGAUCGUGUUACCUGCAGUAAUACAGUUAGUAACUGAAAUAUAUCUAAAGACAGUGCAAAUUAUUUAUUUAAUAUUACCGUUAAAACUAUAACAAAAAAAUAUGAUGAGAUACUGGACAAACAAGUUAUAUUGUAAUAUGAUAAUUCUCGUAUUUUUUUGGCUUAAUAUAUUUUAUGCAAAUGCCGGUGUAACCAAAUAUUUAAGAGAUACAGGUGUAGUACCAGCAGUGCCGUUGAAUGAAAUGACCGAGACAGCAACGAACGUACCAGAAAUGGCUAGGAUUUUCUACUCGGCGAUCGGCGAUCUAGUAGAGACUGUUCCUAUAUUUCCGAUCACAUUCAACGUGCCCGACAUGGUAAGCGCUUUUGGUGGUUUAUUAUCUGGAAUGUACAACUACAUCACUGGGAGUACCAACAACGGAGGGUCGGAACCCAAAGACGUCCUCGGUGCCAUGUUCAAUAUUUACAGACAUAUAGCCGUUCAAGAAGAUAUACAUGAUUUUGAGUUUAUGACGUAAAAGGACAAGGUUAGGUUAGGAUCGGAAAAAAAUUAUACUUUUUUACAUAUAUUCAUUCCUUUUUUUUCCGACAUAAAAUCAUAACUGGAUCCAUUACACUACUUUAAAAAAUCGUAAAAAGAUUGUGUAUAUAUCCAUACGGGUAUCUACAUUACACAGCCAUAGCGAAAUCUAAUAGGAGUAACAUUUAUUAUAACGCAUGAAAGUCUGUACGGUAAUUAAUAAGACUAUUUUGUCGUUAACAUAUUUAUAAUAGGAUCUGAUUCUACUACUUUCUACGUAGGGUACAUCUUACAUGUAUAUUAAGAUCUACUUUACUACAAUCAUAAAUUGUAAUUAAUAUUAUUAUUAUUAAUAAUAGUGUCACUGAAAUUAUACAUACCUACCUACAUAGCUGUUUAACUUUUAUACGAACACUAACAAUUUUGAAAUGAAAAUUUAAAAUCCGAAAUAUUUAUAAAUCAUAUUUUUUUUCGACUAGAACAACUGUCAUAUUUAACUGUUAACAAUACUAUUUUUGAUCCUUUCAAUUUAUUAAUUUAUUAAUAUUACUUGUGAUGACAGUUUUGACGCCAAAGUAAUAAUAUGAACCAUUGUUAACUUGUUAUGUCUCAUUGCGUUUUUAUUUGUUGUACAUGUAAAAGUAAAUGCACGUACUAGUGUGACUCAUUGAUCCACUAUUUGAAUUUCACCUAAGUGUUUGUUGUGAGUCAUACGAGGCAUGGUUCGAACCAUUGCAAUAAUUAAGUAUAGUUGUUAAUCUUGAAUUAAAUUAAGGAUAAUUAAUUAAUAUUUAUUGUUAUGCACUUAGAUUAUAAGGAAAAUCUUUUACUGAGUUUAAUAUUGUAUUUGUUAAAAUAAGGAAAAUAUUUUUAAGCAGGUAUUGUUUACGUA